AUGCCACCGAAGGCUGCGGCAGCGGGCAAAAAAGCUGAACUAAAGAAGAAAGAAAAAAUAAUUGAGGACAAGACGUUCGGUUUGAAAAACAAGAAAGGUGCAAAAACACAAAAGUUUGUUCAGCAAAUCACUAAUCAGGUGAAACAUGCUAAUCAGAGUCAGGCAAAACUCGAAGCAGAAAAAGCAGCUGCCAAAAAAAAGCGUGAAAUGGACGACCUGAAAGAUCUGAACCGACUUCUCAAACCUGUGGCCGAAAUGCCGAAAGUUGGUAAAGAUGUCGAUCCAAAAUCCGUGGUAUGCUUGUUCUUCAAGCAAGGAAUGUGCCACAAGGGGAACAAGUGCAAGUUCAGUCAUGAUUUAUCAGUUGAGCAGAAAACGGCCAAAAGGAAUUUGUAUGUGGAUAGACGAGAUUUGACGAAAGAAGACGAGAAUAUGGACGACUGGGAUGAAAAUAAACUGAGUGAAGUGGCAGAGAAGAAGCACGGUGAAAAGGAUAGAAAAAGGCCAAAUCAAACGGAUAUCGUAUGUAAGUAUUUUAUCGAAGCGGUUGAAAACAGUAAAUAUGGAUGGUUCUGGGAAUGCCCGAAUGGUGAUGGCUGUAUCUAUAGGCAUGCCCUCCCACCUGGUUAUAGAGCCGCCCUCAACGCUCGAAAGCUCACAAAAAUCACGCUUCAGUCAUUUGUUGAAUGGAAAAAACGUAAACUGCGUGAACGAAAGCAUAAAUUUGCUGAAGCGGAGAAGGAAAAAAAGAAAAAUUUCAAAAUUGGAAAAUCGGUUGGUCUGAGCGGUCGAGAUUUGUUUACGUUCAAUCCGGAUUUGAUACAAGAUGAUGAUGAUGACGCUGAGGGUGGUGUUGCAUAUGAGCGCGACUUGGGUAGUGUUCAGGAGGAUGAGGAUGGGGUGAAAGCAUUUGAGAUUGAUGAGCGUACCUUCUAUGCAUUCGAUGACGAGGGUCAUAUGUUUGAUGAUGACUUGGAGGAAGAAAAUGAUGAGAAUGAAGAUAUUCAAAAGAUUGGUGCAAGUAAUGAGUUGAAUGGAGCGAAUGAAAUGACGAAUAGAUCGUCGAAAGAGAUCAAAUUUAAUGAAGAGUUAUUCGAUGGUGAUGAAGACAUUCCUGAUAUUGAGAGUUCCGACGAGGAGACCCAUGAUGAGCAUAAUUUGAUCGCAAAUAAAAUUGCGAAUUUGAAUGUUGCUUGA